AUGUUUGAUCCGCUUCCAGGGCGACAGGUGCAGAGUUUGAUCCAUGAAAAUAAUGAAAAAGAUGGAGAUGAUGGUGUUGAUCAAUCGAGAAGUUUCAUUGUUUCUAGAGCUAUAGGAGACCGCCUUAUGGACCGCCAAUAUAUUGGAAGCCCACUUGAUCGCGAAAGGGGUCCAAUGAAGGCCUUCCGUACAGAUAGUCAUGGUGGUGCAGCUCCUAGGACACCAACUCUCCAAGACAAGCAAACCUCAUCAGAUAUGGAACUAAUGAAGGAAAGGUUUGCGAAGCUGCUUUUGGGUGAAGAUAUGUCAGGAGGUGGAAAGGGUGUCUCUUCUGCUUUGGCUUUGUCAAAUGCAAUUACAAACCUUGCUGCAUCUGUUUUCGGAGAACAAAAGAAACUAGAGCCAAUGAAUCCAGAGAGAAAAUCAAGAUGGAGAAAGGAAAUCGAUUGGCUCUUAUCUGUAACUGAUCACAUUGUUGAAUUUGUUCCUUCACAACAAUCCAAGGAUGGAAUCAAUAUGGAGAUCAUGGUGACACGGCAAAGAAGUGAUCUGCUAAUGAACAUUCCUGCUCUGCGCAAGCUUGACACCAUCCUCAUCAAUCUCCUAGAUCAAUUUGGAAGCCAAAAUGAAUUCUGGUAUGUUUCCAAAGACAAGGAUGAUUCAGAGCAAGGAACGCCACCAAGAAAUGAUGACAAAUGGUGGAUUCCCACGGCCAAGGUUCCACAAAAUGGGUUAUCUGAUGCAACACGAAGAUGGAUGCAAUUUCAGAAGGAUUCCGUGAACCAAGUACUUAAAGCAGCCAUGGCCAUAAAUGCGCAAGUACUAUCAGAAAUGGCAAUUCCUGAAAUCUACAUUGAAUCCCUUCCAAAGAAUGGAAGAGCGAGCCUUGGAGAUUCAAUCUAUAAGAGUAUAACAGUAGAAUACUUUGAUCCUGAGCAAUUCCUCUCAACUAUGGACUUGUCAACCGAGCACAGAGUUCUAGACCUCAAGAACAGAAUCGAGGCCUCUAUUGUGAUUUGGCAGAGAAAGAUGCACCAAAAGGAUGGAAAGUCUUCCUGGGGUUCAGCAGUUAGCUUAGAGAAGCGGGAACUCUUUGAAGAUAGAGCAGAAACUAUCCUACUCAUCCUCAAACAGCGUACUUUCCUACAGGAUGUAGGACAGGCUAUCCUAGAAAGCUACUCAAGGAUAAUAGAAAGCUUGGCCUACGCAAUCUUGUCUAAGAUUGAUGAUGUCCUGUACGCUGAUUCCCUUACACAAAGCCCACAAUCGGAGUCCAAUCAGAAGCCAGAGGAAGAGCUGGACAAUCUGAGUUCUGCAGAGACGCCAACAUCAAUGACCCUCUCAGAUUUCAUGGGAUGGAAGGUGGAUCAGGGAGAGGCGAACAUGAAGAAAAUUCCGUCAACAGACAAAAUGGAGAAAGACUUCAAAGGUGUCAAAGGUGACCAGGACAAGAUUAAUGACAAACCCGCUACAACCCCUAGAAGGUUAUCCUACUUAGAAAAGCUUGAGAACUUGAGUGGACUGAGAAGUCCCACCGGUCGACAGUUUCUCUAA